GUACGGUAUGUGUUGUGCAUUGAAUGCAAUGGUAUGUAUGGCUGGGAAUAGUGUUGUGUAAGCGCUCGACACUCGCAACCACUUUGACUGUUAAGUCAGUAUUUGUGGCAUUCAUUGAAUGCUUGGAAAUGAGUGAAUGACUCGACAUUUGAUUCAAUAUUAGGUCAGCUGUUAUGCCAUUACUAUUGCCUAUUAUAUUGACUAUUGAUUACACAUUACCACUGAUUGUGUGACCAAAACAAUGGCUCAACACUAUUAACAACUAUUAAAACAUUUACAACAUUUGAAACAUAUUUACACAUCAUUUGAUUGCUUUGUGUUUACAUAAUAAUUGUGUUCACUAUUAGUCUCACUAUUGAACCAAUGCUUGCAUUUGUUGUACAAUUGAUCGCUAAAUCUGUAAUGAAAUACAAUUCAAAUCAACACUAAAAUGACGAUCGAUUUUAGAGAUUACUUUUGGGGCGAAAAACACAAUGGAUUUGAUGUUUUGUAUCAAAAUAUGAAAAGCAAUCAUUUGGCGACCAAAGAGUUGACCGAAUUUAUUAGAGAGCGAUCAUUUAUCGAAGAAAAUAACUCAAAACUUUUAGUUAAACUCUCAAAGCAAGCGAACAAUAACUCCAUUCAAGGCACAUUUUUACCACUUUGGAAGAUAUUAAAGUCUUCGGCGGAGAAGCUGUCAUCACUUCACAUGCAAAUGGUUUAUGGUUUACAAGAAUUAAUGAAAGAAUUGCUUAAAUAUAGUGAAGAACAGCAUAAGAAGCAAAAGCAGACAAAAACGGAAGAAUUAGUGACCGUAGAAGUGGUGACAGAGCUUAAGGACACGAUCACCAGUUUGAACAAAGAGGACUACGAGAAUAAGUUUGGCGUUUCGUGUUUGCAUUUCCAACAAAUAGAAGAACAACAUAUAAAACAAAUGAAAGAUUUUUUGAUGAAUUACUACCAAGUGUUAGAAAGUGGUCACACGCUUAUAGGUCAGGUGCACCUGGAGUUCAAACAGAAUUGUAAUGAAUUAACUGUGAAUAAACUACUCGAACAAUUUGUCACUACAAAAGGCACCGGUAGUGAGAGGCCAGAAGUGUAUCAUUUUGAAGAGACAGACAUAUCGUCGAUAAAUGCAGCAAAAAAUAGUGAUUUAUUGGAUCUGACGAAUGGCGACAAACUUCCCAAAAAAGAAGGUAAACAUAAUUAUAGUCGUCAUAUGAAAAGCAAACCCUAUUCCCGACGUACGGCAUCUCUUCUGGAUAUAUUCCGCGUCUCGACGACCGGCACCGGUAGUAGUGGGUUUUUGAGAAGUAAACGACAAAAAGUUUUGGACAAAAAGAAGAAGAAAAAGUCAGAGAUGAGUGGUUCCAAAGAAGACAAUUGUAGUGUCGAAACAAAAGACAGUAAUAGCGUUGAUCUUCCAGUGAAUGCUCCCAAUUGUGAGACACCGGUUGUCGACGACGAGGGAUACAUAAUUCGUCCCAAUUUUGGCAAUGAAAACAAUUCAGACAAUCAUUUCUAUUCGAGUUCUGAUUCCGACUCCGAAGAAGAAAAGGAACAGAAGAUUCGCAUCAAAAUCAAUCCAUUAACAAAUGGAGCGCCAAUUAGUGCCAGUGUUGAUGAAUUGAUUGCCAGCGCAGGCACUCUAUCCCUGUCACCCAUAACUGUACAUACGAGGAAAAGACCCGACGCUCUAACCUUAAAACCUAAGAAUCGUCGGAUCUAUACGUCGAGCACAUCUCCAGCUCCAGAUGACAGCCAAAUGAAACGAUCCAUUUCUGCGAAUCAUAACAUAUCGAAAGCUGAAAACGAUUUGAUAAGUGUUUUUAGUUCUUCGCUGUCGAGUGCGUCCACUCCGUCGGGAAUCGCCGAACAAAAGCCAAACAAUUCAACGAAUUCUAAUACAAAUUCAAAUGUUGUGAAUAACUAUUCAUAUAGAGGGCCGACAACAGGACCGGACAGAUAUGCAGCGCUCAGCGAUCUCUUUACUGAGUCCAUCAAUGAGACGACCGCUGUAUUGUCCAAAAGUAUGUCGGCCUCUGUAUUAGGGCCUCCAGUGUUAGCAUCUCUUCCACGGCCGGCAUCUAAGCGUAAUCCACACACAUCUCCACAGCUGUCUCACCAAAGCAGUCACAACAGCACAAUCUCCCGGUGCGAAAGUGUCAGCAGCUUAUCCAGCGAUUUCAGAAUGACUCCCAUU